UGUGGCUCUCUCCUGACCCGUGUGGUGACUCCGUGUUCGCUGCUGCUCGGCGCCUCUGAGGCGUGCACAGACCGUGGGAGGGAACCGUAGGAGGGACGCGGGGCCACCCUGGACGCUGGGAAAUGGACUCAGUGGUCUUUGAGGAUGUGGUUGUGAACUUCACCAAGGAGGAAUGGGCUUUGCUGGACCCUUCACAGAAGAAACUCUACAGAGAUGUGAUGUGGGAAACCAUCAAGAACCUGGAGUAUAUUGGGAGAAAAUUGGAAGACCAGAAUAUUGAAGAUCAGUAUCAAAAUACCUGGAAAAAUCAAAGAAGUUAUGUAUUAGAGAGACUAUAUGAAAGAAAAGAAAGCUGUCCAUGUGAAGAACCCAUCAGUUGUAUUACAGCCAACCACCUAGAUGAGCAAAUGCCUCCUGGACUUAAACCAUACAAAAACAGUGAGUGUGGAGAAGACUUGGUUCACUUAUCUCUUAGUAGGCCUAUCAGAGCUCACAGAGAACAGAAACCUUAUGACUGUAAAGAAUACCUAAAGAAACCACAUAAUCAUCAGCAAAAUGUAAAAACCUUCGAUUCCAGCAAAACUGUGGAAAGAGUCAUGAGAUCUCAAAUUUUAGUUGGACCUUAUAAGCCAGAGGUAUGUUGUAAAACUUUUGAUGAUCACAAUUUAUUUGGAUUACAUGAAAAAACACACACUGGAGAGAAACCCUGUGUGUAUCUUCCUGGUGGAGAAGGCUUUACUUCUUUUAGUUCUACUCAAAACCAUAAAAGAAGUCACAUGGGAGAGAAAUUGUGUAAAUGUAAUGUAUGUGGGAAAACCUAUGAUGAUCUUAGUUUUGAUCAAAAGCAUGAAAGUGCUAACACUGGAAAGAAACAUUAUGAGUAUCCCCAAUGUGGGAAAGGCUUUAUUUCUCCCAGUUCUACUGGAAACCAUGAAAGAACUCAUACUGGAAAGAAACCCUAUGAGUGUAAGGUAUGUGGGAAAGCCUUUCAUUGUCCCAGUUCUCUUCAAAGACAUGAAAGAAUUCACAUUAGAGUUAAAACCUAUGAAUGUAAGGAAUGUGGGUACACUUUUAAAUGUCCCAGUUGGGUUAGAAGACAUGAAAGAAUUCACACAGGCGAGAAGCCCUAUGAAUGUAAAGAAUGUGGUAAAGCCUUUAGUUAUUCCAGUUCUCUUCGACAACAUGAAAAAAUUCACACUGGAGUGAAACCCUAUUCAUGCAAGGAAUGUGGGAAAGCAUUUUUUUGUCGGUAUUCCUGUCGUAUUCAUGAAAGAAUUCACACAGGAGAAAAACCUUAUGAAUGUAAGGAAUGUGGGAAAGUCUUUAGUAGUCCACGUUACAUUCGUAUUCAUGAAAAAAAUCACACAGGAGAAAAACCCUAUAAAUGUAAGGAAUGUGGGAAAGCCUUUAGUUAUUGUAGUUACCUUCGAACACAUGAAAAAACACACAAAGAAAAACCCUAUAAAUGUAAGGAAUGUGGGAAAGCCUUUAGUUAUUGUAGUUACCUUCGAACACAUGAAAGAACACACAGGGAGAAACCCUAUGAGUGCAAGAUGUGUGGGAAAACUUUUAGUUAUUCUGGUUCUCUUCGAAAACAUGAAAGAAUUCACACUGGAGUGAAACCCUAUGAAUGUAAGGAAUGUGGAAAAGCCUUUAGUUGUCCUAGCUCCUUUCGAAGACAUGAAAGAAUACACACAGGAGAAAAACCCUACCAGUGUAAGGAAUGUGGAAAAGUCUUUAGUUGUCCAAAGUCUUUCCGUGUUCAUAAAAGAACUCACACAGGAGAGAAACCCUAUGAAUGUAAAGAAUGUGGGAAAGCCUUUGUUUGCACCAGAGGUCUUCGAAAACAUAAAAUAAUUCACACUGGAUUGAAUCCCUAUGCAUGUGAGGUAUGUGGAAAAGUCUUUAGUUGUCCCAGUUCCUUUCGUAUUCAUGAAAGAAGUCACACAGGAGAGAAACCCUAUGAAUGUAAGGAAUGUGGGAAAGCCUUUAGCAGUCCACAUUACUUUCGUAUUCAUGAGAGAAAUCACACAGGAGAGAAGCCCUAUGAAUGUAAGGAAUGUGGGAAAGCCUUUAGUAAUCCAUAUUACUUUCUUAUUCAUAAAAGAAAUCACACAGGAGAAAAACCCUAUGAAUGUAAGGAAUGCGGGAAAGCCUUUAGUUAUUGUAGUUCUCUUCGAAAACAUGAAAGAACACACAGAGGGAAACCCUAUGAAUGUAAGGAAUGUGGAAAAGCCUUUAGUUAUUCUGGUUCUCUUAGAAAACAUGAAAGAAUUCACACUGGAGUGAAACCUUAUGAAUGUAAGGAAUGUGGAAAAGCCUUUAGUUGUCCUAGUUCCUUUCGAAGACAUGAAAGAAUACACACAGGAGAGAAACCCUAUGAGUGUAAGGAAUGUGGGAAAGUCUUUAGUUGUCCAAAUUCCUUUCGUGUUCAUAAAAGAACUCAUACAGGAGAGAAGCCCUAUGAAUGUAAGGAAUGUGGGAAAGCCUUUCUUUGUGCUAGAGGUCUUCGAAAACAUAAAAGAAUUCACACUGGAUUGAAACCUUAUGCAUGUAAGGUAUGUGGGAAAGCCUUUAGUUGUCCUAGUUCCUUUCGUAUUCAUGAAAGAAGUCACACAGGAGAGAAACCCUAUGAAUGUAAGGAAUGUGGAAAAGCCUUUAGUUGUCCACGUUCUUUUCGUAUGCAUGAAAGAAUUCACACAGGAGAGAAACCCUAUGAAUGUAAAGAAUGUGGGAAAGCCUUUAGUUAUUGUAGUUCCUUUCGAAGACAUGAAAGAAUGCACAGAGAUGAGAAACCCUAUGAACAAAAGGAAUGUGGGAAAGCCUUUAGUUCUAACAGUACUUUUCAUCUCCAUAAAAGGACUCACACUGGAGAGAAACCCCAUGAAUAUAAGGAACGUGGGAAAGCCUUUAAAUGCCUGGGUUCUGUUUAGACACAUGAAAGAAUUUACAAUGAGUGAAACCGGCUGAAUGUAAACAAUAGGAAAGAUUUUGGCUGUCCUAGUUCCUUUCAUUUCCAUGUAAAAUGUCAUGCAGGAAUGAAACCCUAUGCAUGUAAGGAAUGUGGGAAUGCCUUUAACUGUCCCAGUUCCUUUUGUAUUCAUGAAAGAACUCACACAGGAGAUAAACCAUAUAAUUGUAAGGAAUGUGGAAAAUGCUUUAGUCAAUCCAGUUCUCUUCAUUCGUAUUAAAGAAUUCACAAAGGAGAAAAACCCUAUUAAUGUAAGCAGUGUGAGAGAGCCUUUUGUCAUUCAUUGUUGUUAGAAAAAUAUGAAAGAAGAUACAAAUGGUAUCAGUGUAAGUUGUUUGUUAAAGCCACCUCUCUUUCUACUUUCAUAAUCUUGGAAGAACUCACUGGAGAGAAAUCCUAUUAAUGUAAGCAAUGUGGGAAAACCUCUUGUCCUGGUCACGGUCAAGACUUGUAAAAACAGUGGAGAGGAGUCCUCCUAGUGUAGAAAAUGUGGAAAAAGCCUUCUCAGCGUAUAGUUUUCAAAAACAUAAUAAACUCACAGGAGAGAAACCAAAGAAAUAGGUGUAAUGUGAGAAAGUUUUUCUACUUGAACAAACUUUAAAAUAAAUGGAAGAACACACGGGAGAGAAACCCUGUGAAUGUAAGCAAUAUGGGAAAAGCUCUCUCGUUGUUUACGAAGAUAGAACUUAAAGGAGAGAAACCUCAUAGAUGUAUGAAACGUGGGAAAGUAUUUGUUCAUGUCCCAGAUUUUCGGACACAUGGUAGCCCUCAUUGAGGAUGGGCUGUGUAAAUGUUCCAUAUGGGAGAAAGCCUUAGUUUUGUUCAAAUCAUGAAAGAACUCAUGCUGGAGAGAACCCAUGUUAAUAUUUAACAGGUAGGUAAGCCUUUCAUUUUUUAUGGUUCUUUUAAGUAUGUGAGAGUAUGUAUAUUGGAGGAAAACUAUAUCUGUGUAAAUAAUGAGGAACGUCUUCAGAUUGUCCAUGUACUUUCAAGUAUAUGAAUUAAAGAGCUAUUGGUGAGAAAGCUUCAAGAAUGGAAAAGUUCACUAUCACAGAUCUUCUAUCAUGCAAGACAAUAUACAUUGAAAAGACCUCUUAUUAUAAGAUGUUUGAAAAAAAAUUAAUAGGCAUAAAAACUGAGACUGAGGCCAACAGGUGGCACAGUGGUUAAGGCAUGUACUCCUACAUGGCUGACAUCAGUUCGAGUCUUGGACUAGGCAGUUUAAUAACUAUGUAGGGCACUGGCCUGUGUGCCCAAAAUCCUGGCAGGAGAGUGGAGGAGAAGGUAGUGUGUCAUGGCCAUCCCUUCCUUGUAUAGUGAUUUCUCAUUUUCCCUCUCUGUUACAAGCACAUGUGCCUUAUGGCAAAAAUCUUUUAGGAAAAAAAAAAAAAAAAAGGGAAAGCUACUGUGUACUUAUUAUUGAAGCCAGCCCCUUCAUGACUGAGUGGUGUAUGAAUCCCAGGUGGAGCUGCUAGAAGAACACUGGGGAUAUAUGUGACCAAAAUCAUGAGGAAAUGGAGAGAGAGUUGAGAUAUGACCAGGCCCCAUGAGGGAUUUUUGUACUACAGACUUGACCACAAUGGAAAACACCUAUUACAGAGACUCUUUUUUAAAAUUAUUUUUAUUUCUUGAGAGGUUUUAUUGCUAUAAUAGGGUACACACACUCACUGGAGAGACACAGACAUAGAAAGCAAGAAAUCAC